AAACCGCCUCACCUCAGUGUUCCGGGAUUCCAGUCCACUAACGUUACAGCGUAGUUUAAGCUGUAAGCCCAUCAACUUCAGGCUAGGCAACUGUGGAUACGGGCUUAGGGGCGCGUAAAUCUCGGCUGAGGCUGGCUCUGCAGUGGAAGCCCCCACCCUACCCUGGCGAUUCGAAGGACUCCCCGCUCCUGUCUGAGAUCUGUCUAUGCACGAGAAAGUCCUCGAUACACGAACAACACCCCAGGGAGCAGCAGCAGUAUUUUCCCGAUGACCGAAUUGUAGUGUACUGUACAACAAACAACCGGCCUGAUUCGCCCACCUUCUCUCCUACAGCGAUCGUCUUUCGAUCCGACCGCCGCAAACAGUUAUCCAACAGACAACUGCUACUGUAUAUGUCCCAUUAAAGCUGCGCGAAAAGCCGUGCGCACACGAUGACUGGUGUACCUAAGCCUGGGCCGGCAAAUCUAAGGCCGGGCGCCGGCCUGGACGAGUGGUUGGAGGAGGCGAAACAAUGUCACUAUCUGCCCGAAGCCGUCAUGAAGCAGCUCUGCGAAAUGGUCAAGGAAGUCUUGAUGGAGGAGUCCAACAUCCAGCCCGUGGUAACGCCCGUCACAAUAUGCGGCGACAUCCAUGGCCAAUUCUACGAUUUACUCGAGCUAUUCCGUGUGGCCGGCGGCAUGCCCGGCGAAUCAAACGUCCAGGCGCCCAUGACCGCGACGACAGUCAUCACCUCCGAAGACCUCGAACCCCCAACCGAGAUAACAAACCCUAAGCUCAAAGGAAAGGUUAGGAAUACCGGGGUAUCAGGCACGGGCAGUAGCGGCGGCGACGACGCUGCUGCUGAAGCACAGGACGAGACUAUUCCCGAAUUCACACCCGCUAGUGAUUCUGGUGUGCAGUCGGCCGAGACGCGCUUCGUGUUCCUCGGCGAUUUCGUCGACCGCGGAUACUUUAGCUUAGAAACAUUUACGCUCCUAAUGUGUCUAAAAGCAAAAUAUCCCGACCGAAUCGUCCUAGUCCGGGGCAACCACGAGUCACGGCAAAUCACGCAGGUCUACGGUUUCUACGAGGAGUGCCAGCAAAAGUACGGCAACGCCUCGGUCUGGAAGGCCUGCUGCCAGGUGUUUGAUUUCCUGGUGCUGGCCGCCAUCGUCGACGGGACGGUGCUGUGCGUGCACGGCGGGCUGAGCCCGGAGAUCCGCACCAUCGACCAGAUCCGCGUGGUCGCGCGCGCCCAGGAGAUCCCCCACGAGGGCGCCUUCUGCGACCUCGUGUGGAGCGACCCGGAGGACAUCGACACGUGGGCCAUCAGCCCGCGCGGCGCGGGCUGGCUGUUUGGCGACAAGGUCGCCACUGAGUUUAAUCACGUCAACGGGCUCAAGACGAUCGCCCGCGCGCAUCAACUUGUGAAUGAGGGUUACAAGUGGCAUUUCCCUGAGAAAUCUGUCGUCACCGUCUGGUCCGCGCCAAACUACUGUUACCGCUGCGGCAACGUGGCCUCCAUCAUGACGGUCGACACGCAGCUCAACCAAAAGUUCUCCAUCUUCUCGGCCGUCCCCGAUGACCAGCGCCACAUGCCCGGCAACCGGCGCGGGCCCGGCGACUACUUCCUUUAGUAGACGAGAGACGGGGGAGAAAGGAAAUGAGGGUUUCAUAGACUUGUAAGGUGUCAGGGGUGGUGGCGGGUGGCCAUCUUGUAUUUUCACUCCCAUGAUUGUUGGGUCCAUGUCCCCCGUAUAAGGAUGACCAGGCGUCAGGGUGAAGGAUCACGUGGUUCGAGUUUUGUCAUGGCCUGCUUUGUUGUUUAUGCAUUACUGUUCAUUUGGUGGCAUGGUAAAUCCGGAACUGAGCAGCAGAGACAGGGCGGGAGGGUAGAAAGCGGGUAAUACACAAAACACAUGUUGUGUUCUUGUAUAUGGAUAUGGGUUCAUAAUCAAGCGGCUCUCUGAUACCCUUCACCUUGUCUCCAUUCACUGUUUAGUAAUAUAAUUGGACG